UUUGUUUAUAUAUUAAAAUUAUAAUGACACAAGCCUUCAAGUUCUAUUCUGUAAUUUCUAUAUUACUUUUUUUGCAGUUGACAGAUUCUACUACUCAAAACUAUCCUGAUAAAAGUGAUACAAAUUCAAAAGAUCAAAGCGGAGGUGAAGAAAAAGCAACUCUUUUCAAAAAUAUAGAUAAAGUGAUAGAAAGUAGGCCUAUACAAAUGGUAAAAAAGCUAUCAAAUAUUGCAAGUGAACAAUUCAAUUCAUUUUCAAAGGAAUUCCAUAAUACAUUAAAUAAAGAUUCAAAAAAACAAGUAAACGAUGAAAAUUCUAUUAUUCCAAAUGCAGUUGGAAAUAAUUUGAUUUUACCUGCUAAGGCCAUAGCCCAAACUAGCUUCAAAACAAUUGGAAAACCUAUUGAAGAAAUGUUUUCGAAUAUAAAAAAAACGUAUGAUGAUGAAUUAGCAAAAUCAAAUCAAGAUGAAGGUUAUGUUCCAAUAAUUGGAGCUUUUACUAAAAAUGCGAACAAACCAGUUGCUAUCAUUAAGGCCUCGAAAGUUGUUGUAGAAAAUGCAAUUGGAGGCAUAUUUAGAAGUGUAUCAUCGAUUUGGAAUUUCGGUAAAAAAAACACAGAGAAAUCUGUAUUUUUUUCAUGUAUGGUCAAAACGCUAGCUGAGGAAUCUAUAAAGACCACUAAUGAAGAUAUAAAAAUUAAGUAAAUUAUUAUUGUUAAUUUAAUUAAAAUAA